CGUUCCUGCAACAUGGCUGCUCCCAUACGUUGCAAAAAACUUUAUUGUUAAUUUGCGACGAUUCCUUAUUUAUCAUAUAUAAUUUUCACUUUAUUAGUUACCUGUUUUCAUUCUGAAGGUAAACAUGAUGAGGCCAGUUUUCUUGCUUCUACUGCUUUUAGGUGGACAUUUAUCAGAUGCAAAGCCAAAGUUUGUGUCGGUAAAUCUUGAAGCUAAAUGGAGCUCUACACCAAUGCUUUUGGAAGCCAGUGAGUUUUUAGCAUCAGAAGGCAAUGAUAAUUUCUGGGGAUUUGUAGGUCGAAUAGUGGAGUUGAAUCCUGAACUUUGGUAUUUAUCAUUGAUUCCACUAGAGAAAGGACAGCAGGGAGUUACUGAAGAUUGCCGAGGCUUUUUAUGUUCACAGUGUACCAGUCAGGAUUGGUUUAGUGUUUGCUGUAAACUCGGCCAAGGAAGUGUGCGGGUUUAUGAGACAGCCAAGUCUGAUGAUAUUACUGUAGAUAUGAUAACAGCCGAGUUCAAAUCGCAGUUUGCUGAUGAAGAACUUGAUAAAGUGUUUGGGAAAAACUCUGAGUAUGAUUAUGUGAAAAAGAGUAGUGGAGACUUCUUGUCAAGGUCAGGUCUAAGUGACUUCCCCCAGGUUUUAUUGAACGGUAAACCAUUGAAGAAGAGUGAUUUGAACCAGGACAACUUUGAGGAAGGGGUUAUUUCAGAAAUCAUGCAAUCUACCCCAGAAAUACAACAAAAUGUCUAUCAGGGAAGAUUAAAUGAGGGUCAUAAUGUAUUGGAAUGGCUCAUGGAGAAAGAUAAUGUUUUACCUAGACUAAACUCCAGGGUGUUGUCUGGUCCAUCAAAAACUCUCGACCUUUCUGAGAAUAUUGAGUCAGGUCUGUCAGAAGAUUACAGUACCUUUGAGAUUUUGACAUCGAAGGAUAUGAGUGCAGUUAUGGCUAACAGCAUGAAAUAUUUUUAUAGAAAUGAUGAGAGUAAUAUAUAUCCAGUGUCAAUGUGGCUUGUUAGCGAUCUACAGACAGAGGCUGGCAGAACCUUGGCUUACUCCGCCCUUAAAAGACUUAAACAUUCCAAUGACCUUAGACUGGGUUUUAUCAUGAAUGCUGCUGCACCAGGUACAGGUAAAGUUGAUAUCAACAAAGCUGUGUACGUGGCUGCAAACACCCUGUCUAAUACACUCGGCAAAAAUUUUAUCACCAAACUUGUGAAGGAGGAGAAUUUUGAGGCCCUACAGAGUGGAGAUAAGACGCUGAAUGAUCUGGAAGUCAACGGAAUGGACAUGAAAGCAUAUCUUGAAGCCUAUGAGAAGCAGACUGGCGACUAUUUGAAAGUACACAGACUGUUUGCAGAAAGAGUUUUAGAAUUUGGUGCCAGUCAAAGAGGUCUUGUGACAAAUGGACAGGUUCUUGGACCUCUGGGUGAUACAGAAGAGUUUAUUAAUGAAGACGUAGAUUUACUAGAAUUGUUUGUCAAACAGAAAUCAGCCAAGAAGAUUAAAACCACGCUGAAGGGAAUGAAAUUUACCGGGCAAAAAGGCAGCGAUUUACUGAUGAAGGUUGGUGGUCUUUUAGCAUCAAUGGAGAAAAGUAGGGCAAGAAAGAAGGUCAAUUAUGGAGGAGACCAACAUAGUGUGGUAAAGAUACCAGGUAAUUCCGAGACCCCAGCAUUCCAGAUCGAGGCUAUAAUUGACCCAGUGUCUGCUGCUGCCCAGAAACUCGCACCUAUCCUGAUGGUACUGAAGGACUUGUAUAACCUUGACAUUAAGAUCUAUAUGAACAGCAAGGAUAAAUUGUCAGAGAUGCCAUUGAAGAGGUAUUACAGAUAUGUCCUUAAUCCAGAACUUAAAUUCAAAGCUGAUGGGAGUCUUACAUCAGGACCCAUCGCCAAGUUUACCGACCUCCCUAACAAGUCAAUCCUGACCCUGGGGAUGGAGCCUCCGGAGAGCUGGCUCGUACAAGCCGUGUCGGCUCAGUAUGAUCUGGAUAAUAUAUUGCUGGAGGAAGUGAAAGGGGGCGUCAAUGCUGACUUCGAUCUCGAAUCUCUACUACUGGAAGGGCAUUGUUAUGAUGCAAACUCAGGCCAGCCACCUAGAGGUUUACAGUUUGUGCUUGGCUCUAAUUCUUCCGAUCUACUACAAGAUACAAUUGUCAUGGCAAACUUGGGCUAUUUUCAACUGAAAGCCACACCAGGAGCAUGGACACUUAACCUCAGAAAAGGGCGAUCAUCAGAACUAUUUGAUAUUUCAAGUCAUGAAUAUACAGAUACUCCAGCCGGUAUGAAAGAUGUUAUAGUUGUUAUAAAUGACUUCAAAUCUAAAACUAUACGAGUGAAGGUUAGUAAGAAGCCAGGUAUGGAGAAAGAGAAGUUGUUAGAUGAUAGCAAGGAAGAUAAUGCUGGUAUAUGGAAUACCAUCUCCAGCUCAUUUUCAGGGACUGACAAUGCAGCAGAAGAUAGUGAUAAAACUUUGAACAUAUUUUCUGUUGCUUCAGGUCAUUUAUAUGAAAGAUUAUUAAGAAUUAUGAUGAUGGGUGUACUAAAACAUACAAAAUCUAAAGUAAAGUUUUGGUUUUUAAAGAAUUAUUUGUCUCCAGUAUUUAAGGAUUUUAUUCCCCAUUAUGCAAAGGAGUAUGGUUUUGAAUAUGAACUAGUAGAAUACAAGUGGCCAAAAUGGUUAAACCAACAGAAGGAGAAACAGAGAAUUAUCUGGGGUUAUAAAAUAUUGUUCCUUGAUGUGCUGUUCCCUCUACAUGUGAAAAAAAUCAUUUUUGUUGACGCUGAUCAGAUUGUUAGAUCAGAUUUACAAGAGUUAUACGACCUUGACCUAGGUGGAGCCCCGUAUGGUUAUACACCUUUCUGUAGUGAUAGGACAGAAAUGGAUGGUUUUAGAUUUUGGAAGUCUGGUUACUGGGCUAACCAUUUAGCUGGAAGAAAGUAUCAUAUUAGUGCCUUAUAUGUGAUAGAUUUAAAACGAUUCCGGCAGAUAGCAGCCGGGGACCGACUAAGAGGUCAAUAUCAGGGGUUAAGCCAGGAUCCAAACAGUUUAUCAAAUCUUGAUCAAGAUCUUCCAAACAAUAUGAUACAUCAGGUGGCUAUAAAAUCACUCCCUCAGGAAUGGUUGUGGUGUGAAACUUGGUGCAGUGAUGAAUCUAAACAGUACGCUAAAACUAUAGAUCUGUGUAAUAAUCCAAUGACCAAAGAGCCAAAAUUAAAAGCUGCCAUGCGUAUAGCUCCGGAAUGGAAGUCCUAUGAUUAUGAAAUAAAAGUAUUCUGGGAUAGUGUAUACGGCACAAAUACUAGAUCUCAAAUAGAAUACGAACCACCAGAGUUAAGUCCUGAAAAGAAAGAAGCCUGGAGGGACAGAAUAGAGUUAUAACAAUGUGAUUACAUAGUGACAUUUAUUUAUUUGACGCACUAUUCCACACAGCGAUGUAUAUUUAUAUCUAUUCUACAAUUGUCAAAUGUUAUGUUUCCAUGGUGAUAUCACAAUAUUGAAUAUCAUAUAGGCUCAAAUUUUCCAUUUUCUCGUAUGUUGUUUCGUCUGGAUUGAUGAACAUGUAUGCUCAAAGUUUACUUUUCACAAAUUUGUUACUGAGUGAGAUUUUUAAGUUUCAUUAACUUUGUGUUUAUUUUUAGAAUCCUUAUAAAACAGCAUUUAUUUGAUCCUACAGUUCAUUUCCAGAUUUUAUUUCUUGACCCCAUUUGUGAAAAAGUGCCAUUUUAUAUCAUGAACCAUUUUAUGAUUUGUUAGCUCUACAGGAAAGAUAACUCUUAAUUAUAUGAUUAUGUAUUUGAGUAUGAGUUACUUCUCUUUGACAGUUUCAGCAAGCCAUGUUCAUCACUAGUUUAUAUAGUUCAAACAUUUUGUCCAUAGAGCAUUCCAUGUUUUAUUAUUAAAUAGACAUUUCAGAGGGAGUGAUAUUUAAAUGCUUUUCUAUCAGAAAUAGCUGAUUUUGUCAAGGGGAACAACAAAUAUAGGAAUUACUGUUUAUUACAAACCAACAAAUAUACCUCUCUAAAAUUGAUUUAUAAUUUCUACAUCAUCAAAUUAAAUUUAAAUAUAUGUACAUGCAAUGAGAAACAGAGUGCUUAUAAUUAUCUUUACUAUGUAAAUAUAUGUACUUAAAAAAGGUUGCAAAUUUACACAAUUAUCUGAGGAAUAAAACAAAUUAAACAUGUAAUUUGCAUAUUGAUAUGGGAAAGUUUUGGGAUGUUUUUUUUAGAUUUAAAGAAAUUGUCAUUACAAAGUAAUUUUUCAACUAAAAUAUUUCAAAUAGCUUAUUUAAAUUUUGGAGUAGGGGUCUGUAAAAUAUUUCGUUGGUAAUAAAUUGGUAUUUUUAAAGAAAAAAGUACAAAUAUCAGUAUUUUGGCCCCGUUAUAAUGUAGAUGGAUUGACCACCAAGAUGUGACCAAAAUGUGUUGACUUGGGUGUAAAAAAAAUAACAACAAUAAUAUAUACAGAUGAAAGUAAAAUUUAACAGUCAACUGUGUAAGAUCAAGCUAGCUUGUAUAUUUGUGCAGUCCAUAGAGACUCUGUACUGUUUGCUUAUAAACACAAAAUCUACAUUGUUAUAAUUGAUAAUGGGCAGUUCUAAACAUGAAAGUUUGACAAAUCUGUUUAGAAGUUGUUAAAAAAUGAAAUGUAGAUUUCUAGUUAUCUAAAUGUAGUUACCAAUAUACAUACGACAGCAUUAUAAAUGUCUCCUUUUUUUGGUUUCAUGUAUGAUACAUUUUGCAUUUUGUUUAAUCUUACAAAUUACAAACUUACUUUACC